AAUAACAAGAUUGCCUAUACGUUACAAAACGUUCAAAUCGAGAUUAUCUUAUUCAAGCAUAGUAAGUGUAAUCAAGCUAAUUUUUAUUCUUGUAUAUAGCAUUUGUUACACAAUUUUCUUCAAAAAAUGCACGUUUUAAAAUUAAUGUAAGCCUUACGCACGCAGCUCAAAAUGGCAGUAUUAAAUAGCCAUUUGAGCUCAAAUUUUAGUGUUCUUGGGGACGAAAUUCGGGAGAAAACAAAGACUGAUGUCGGAUUCUCUCGCGAGUGUUGCAUUCGGAAACAGAAUCUUCGAGAGUCCGAUCUGUAUCGAAACGAAGAUUGGCAUCGCCCAAAGAGCGGCAGAGUUAAGGAGCCGUACACAAAUUACAAAUACGAGUUCAAAUCCGGGGGGAUGACAGUUUUUGAGAUGACCAAACGAAAAGGUUGCUGUCGAGGCGCAGACUGGUCCGAGAGAAAACGCGCGAAAGAGGAGCAGAAAAUUCUGAACAGCCUCGAGAGGAAGGAUUGUUUCUUUUGCGACUGCAGUCACUGUAGCUCAUUUUACAGACAGGUGCUGGCCAAGCACAAAAUCCCGUAUAUGCGAGAGAACAGGAGUACGCCCAGUGCACUGACAUUGCAGAGGCAGUACCACAGCAGACGAAGUUGGAAAGACGAAUACGGUGUCAAGACAGUAAACAGCGUUCUUCGAAAAGGAGACCGAGUCAUCAUUGAUGGGAAAUACAGUGGGAAGGUCAAGUUCAUCGGAGCGCUCAACGACAGCCUACUAGUAUCCGAGCUAUACGUGGGGGUCAAACUUGACGAGCCCGAUCCCAAAUUCGGCACAGGACACUACCAUGGUAAAUACUACUUCGACGCUCCUCAGGGAUUCGGGGUAUUCGUCAAGUAUGACCAAGUGUCCAAAUGUAAGAAAUUCGACCCAACGAUAGAGGGCGGACCAAACAAGAAGGUGCUCAAAAACCAGUCUUCUCUCGCCUGGCUCUACGGCCAGAGUCUAGACGAAGCUGAAGUGAAAGAACACGCAUCUGUUAAGCUUAAAUCAACCUCUGCCAAGUUCAACAGGAAAAUGGAUGCCAAAACAGCUCUUCUGGAGCGCCAGCAAAAAGCACUGUUGAAAGAAUGGACAGAAGAAUACGGACAAAAACACAGUUUGAUUAUGCUGGAUAAGUUCAACAAGAUUUCUCUGGCUGUUAAACAGGAAGAACAAAGAAUACGAGAGGAAGAAGAAAGGCGAAAAGAAGAAGAGGAACAGAGACGGCUCGAGGAUGAAUACCUACAAGACCAUGAAUUUAGUUCCGAAAAGAAUGAGACCCAAAUUUCACCUCCAUCUAGUUAAUAAAUCAGCAAAUUUUGUAAUUUAAGUUCCCUUUCAAUGAAA